GAGGGUGGUAUGGCUUUAAGAGUUUACUACCAUCACUACACUCACUCACUCACUCACACACACACACACACACACACACACACAGAAAGUUUGGAGGCCAGGCGAGCAGUGGGAUACCGACGGAUAGGAAGUGACGGGACUGCAUGAAUUGCAGAAGUAAAGAGGGGGAGAAAAAAAAGGAAGAAGACGGGAAUAUCAACACAAAGCAGAAUGGGAAGUAACGUGCGACCAUCGUUCUAUUGGCUGUGGUGCGAGGGGGAACUGAAUUGCGCAUGAUUUUACCAGAGAGAGAGAGAGAGAGGGAGAGAGAGAGAGAGGGAGAGAGAGGGAGAGAGGGAGGGAGAGAGAGACUUUCAAUGGAGGUGAACUAGUCUCCCAGAAGUGAAAAGCAGAGACUUCAGUGAGGGGUCUGUCGUCUGAUUUCCAUGACCGUGCUUGUGGUUCUGGAAAGUGCUUGCACACAGGGCACCAUAUGGAACUGCGACCUGUAAAAUACAGAACCGCUUUUUGAAUAUGACGGAAAAGACUUCACGAAAACUCCAAGGAAAAUAGUUAAGGGAUAUGAACGCAGAUCUUUGGAUUUCACCUCGAUUUUUUCCACUGUCGGGUUCAGUUUUGCGUCUUUGGGGAUGUUGGCGAGUUGCAUCUCUGCGGCUUCAGUUCGGAUACUGACCCGUCUCUGCGCCCUGGUGUUGGUCGUCGCUGCGGGACUCGGUUCAGAGCUGCGGGUCCGGGUCCGGCUCUCUGACGGACUGGUGACCGAUGAGGUUUUGGAGGCGGACAGUGAGAGAGACUCGAUAUCACUCGAAUUCAAGCAGGGAGAUGGGACACUCAUCACUUUUGUGGCGGACUUCAAACAGGAUGUGAAGAUAUUUCGAGCGCUGAUCCUGGGCGAGCUCGAAAGAGGGCAGAACCAGUACCAGGCCCUGUGCUUCAUCUCUCGCCUCAACCGCAAUGAGAUCAUCCCCAGUGAGUCUAUGGCCCGUCUCAGACAGAAAAAUCCUCAGGCCAUUCGCUUGGCAGAGGAGCGGAGAGGACUGGAGCAGCUGACGAUGAGCGUGGCGGUCAAUCUAAGUCGUGCCUUGCAACUCAGCUCCCACAUUCACAACAUGUGCAGCGAGGCCCGAGAGGCCAUCUACACCAGGGAGGCAGAUGUCAAACACUGGCUGGACAAAGGAUUGGAUGGCUCCAUAUUCGAGGUCCUGCCCCAAAUAACAGAGGUUUCCAGCUUUCAGGCCUGUCACUCUAUUAAAGACUUGUGGCAGCCCUGUCUCUGCACAUACAGCCUGCGUCUCGAGUGGUACCCAUGUCUGCUGAAGUACUGCCGCAGCCGGGACAACAUAGGCAAAGGCUCUACCUACAAGUGUGGCAUAAAGAGCUGCAGUAAGGGCUACCAUUUCACCUACUAUGUUCCCCAAAAACAGCUCUGUCUAUGGGAUGAGGAGUCCUAGCAUUUUGUUAUGGAUGGUUAAGAAAAGGGAAAUGCAUUAUUUUCUUCCCCCAGCCAAGCCAACGCUUCUCCACCCAUGCUAUUCAAAGUAAAAACAGCAACACUGGACGUCAGUUUAUACGAUGAUGAGUGACGCUGCCUCAGGUGGGGGAGUGGUGAGAUCCAGAUGUUCAAGCUGAAACAGAAACAAAUUCAGGUUCCAAAUGAGACCAAAACCUUCAAGGAAGGAGAGAUGCAGCACAUCAUUCAAAGAAGAUAGACUAACUUUAAGCCUUUUCUGGGAAAAAUGACAUAUCACUGUCUGCUAUAAUGUGACUUUGCCAAGAAACCGUCAUUUUAGUGCCUUUUUUUUGGAAAAAUGAUUGGAGCAGAUGACAGAGACCAACAACAAUAACCUCUCAAACAAGCUACAGUAUGCGCAAAGCUGGUGCAGUGCAUUUCUGGUCAAUUAAACACCAGCAGAGGAACAGAGUCCCACUCUGAUCAAAGGAGUCAUACAAACCUAAUCUUCCAUCCUGGUGAAGGAAAAUUUGGAUGGUGGAUUUAUCUUUCUUCUAAAGCUCUGUGAAAAGCAGUUCAUUUCCAGCCAAACACCUGUUUAUAACAAUAUAAGCUGGCUGACAAAGAAAAUGGUUCUCUAUUGCUGGCUUUAUUUAUUUUAGUUGCAAAGUUGCAAAGUGAAAUUAUGGAGGACUAUUUUUGUAUAAUUUUGUUGAAAAUAACCUCAUCAGUUUUUUUCUCCUUUUGAAUUAAACAAGCUCUUAAAUUUACAUGUCUAAACCACAGGUCCUCAGUGACAAGAAGUAUUCAAACAAAUUUCAGCAACAUUUUAACCUCUUGGACUUUGGAUGUUGAUUCAAGACUCAUGCACAUGUCAUGCUACUUUGUUGCAGAGUUUUCAUGGUUGUACACACCCUGUGGAUAACCAGGAUUAUUAUCGGAUUUAAUAGGACAGGAUUUUAAUCCUGCUUCGCCCCAUCAUGCCCACCACUUACAUUCUCAGUCUAUUUAAAAAGCGUCAGGUAAACCAAAGUCUAAAGAAAUAAGGUCAAAAGAAGUUUCAAAAAAGAAGAUUCAGUUUCUAGACACAGGCUCUUCGGUAUGGAUUCACCAUAACUGCAGUGCAGCCUCCUAGUAAUCUACACUGCCAUCUUCUGGUUCUACAGUGUUUCAGUUUCUUGAGUUUCCUGUUUUACCCCAAUGCCGGAAUUCUGGUUUUUGAUUAUCUAUUUUGUCUGUUAAUGUCAGCUGUUAAAUGUUUAUAAGUUAUGCAUCUCAAAUCCCUGACCAUUUAAAGGCGUAAUUUAAUGGAGCACUUCUUGAGCUUGUGGGACCAAAUUUCAUUUUGUCUGUCUGUUGCUUAGAGCAAUAGACUGAGGUACGAUUUUGGUUUGUUUUACCUCCAUCUUCAUUUCAGUCUUUACUGCCAUAUCAGAAGUUUAUCAGUUUUGUGUGUUGGUAUCUCCUGCUAACUAAAGAACCAAAUGAGUGAAACAUUUCUAUUUGUGGCCUUUUCUGGUGAUCAAGUGCCUUAAAAUUUUCACUGAUAUCUUUGCUAUGUAAUUGUAGAUUAAGUUGUUAAACAUAUUUUUUCUAUGAAAGAGUUCUGAAUAUGCUGUAAAAACUUGCCAUAAGGAGAAAAUGAAGCAAUUAGGUAAUGUACCAUUUAAGAGUUGUUUUACAUGAAUUGUUUCAAUAAAG